UGUAGUGAGCACCGGCCGCGUACAUGUCAAAUUUUGUAAACAAAUAUAAAUUUAUAUAAUAAUAUAUUUAUAUAAAAGUACUUAACUAAUUUAAACAGUGAAAAAAGUUUUCUUAUAUACAAACAAAUUGUAGUUAUACUAUUCAAUACAGAGGUCACAUGUACAGAUAUUUUAAAAGAAUUGUUAGUAAAAUUAGAGCAGGAAGUUUUGGAGCAACGCCGCGCCCGCGUGGGGGUAAAUUGUCUAAACGACAUAAAUGCAAACUUUCAUUGAUUCGUCUGUCAUUCUCUUCACAAUCGCAUUCUAAGUAAAUCCGUUAAAUUUCUAACUUACACAUCGCUUAAUUAUAAUUAAUGCAGUAUCUAGAAAAAUGUUGAUAAAUAAAUAAAAACAAAGAUCGUAGUUUUGCAUUUUUAACAAAAGAGCAAUAACGUCCCAAAAAGUGUUGAGUGUAGUGCUCACAGUGGUUUCUUAAAUUAUUGUGCACCAAAAUAUUUGAAAAUGAGAAUCGCUGUAGAAGGAUGUGCCCACGGGGAAUUAGAAAUAAUUUACAAUACAAUCACCGAAGCAGAAAAAGUCGAUGGAAAGAAAGUAGAUCUCCUAAUUUGUUGCGGAGAUUUCCAGGCGACGAGAAACUUGACGGAUCUGAAAUGUAUGGCUGUGCCUGAUAAAUUUAAGGAUAUGUGCUCAUUUUAUAAAUAUUACUCUGGGGAAAAGAUUGCUCCAGUUCUGACGAUUUUUAUCGGUGGCAAUCACGAAGCUUCUAAUUACCUGCAGGAAUUACCCUACGGUGGUUGGGUAGCUCCUAACAUUUUUUACAUGGGAUAUGCAAGUGUCGUUAAAGUGGGAAAUGUAAGGAUAGCAGGUCUUUCUGGGAUUUAUAAAGGCCACGACUGGUUGCAAGGACAUUUUGAAAAACCACCCUACACUGAUCAAACGCUCCGAAGUGUAUAUCAUGUACGAAACCUAGAAGUAUUUAGAUUAAAACAGCUCUCGGGAAAAAUCGACAUAUUUUUAUCCCACGAUUGGCCUCGAGGCGUAACGCAAUACGGAAAUGUGCAGGCACUUCUCAGAAAGAAGCCCUUUUUCCAGAACGAUAUCGAGGGAAAUUGUCUCGGUAGUCCGGUAAAUAUGGAUCUUUUACAAAAACAUUACCCGAGUUUCUGGUUCGCUGCGCACUUACACUGUAAAUUUGCCGCCUUAAUUCCUGAAGAAGAGGGUUCGAGAAAUACAAAAUUCUUGGCCCUAGACAAAUGCCUUCCAAGAAGAAAAUUCCUGCAAAUAAUUCAAGUCGAGAAUGACGCAAAUAUUCCCCUAAAACUCUCCUAUGAUUUGGAAUGGCUGACAAUUUUGUCAUUGACCAAUCACUUGCUCAGUGUGAAAUGUGGAAUGCACAUGAUGCCUGGAUCGGGAGACACUGUUAGGUGGAUGUACACGCCAACGGAAGAAGAGAAGGAACAUGUGUUAGGAAAAAUGAACAAUAUUUUACAAGUGCCGCAAAAUUUCGUGAAAAAUGUCGAACCUUACGACCCGAAUUCUUCCCCCCGAAAGACAGAAGCCCCGAGUUUAAGAACGAAUCCUCAAACGACGGAAUUGUGUAAUAAAUUAGGAAUUGACGACCCUGUAGCUUUAUUGCAAGUCUUGAAUGGAAUCAAAGAAGUGAAGAGAGAUUCUAGUUUCUCGAAUACGGAUUUGGAUUCUUCGUUUGCUGCUGAACUAGACACUUCUGCCUCGGAAUCUUUCGACCAGACAUUCGAGUCUUCCUCCUGCACAUUUGAUGAUGAGGAUUCGAGUUUUCAGUCGUCCUUGGAAACCCAACCAGUUGGUAGUUUAAGGCACAGGAUGACACCUCUAAAAUUACCACCUGCAAAACUGGGUCUAUCUUCGCCGGAAAGUUCUGAUGAGUUAUCGAGCAAAGUCAAUGAAGAAGUUAGUGAAAAAAUCCCAGUUGUACCCAUCGAACCGGACAUGAAGAAAUUUAAAAGGCGGAACCAAUCAAUUUAUACUUCUCAGGAGGACUCUGUCGAGUAACUAAAAAAGAAGUUUGUAAAUAGGCCAAUGAAUUUUUACUAUAUUCAGGCUAAUCGUGAUAAGUGCAAGUUUACGAUCAUUGUUUUUAUACGAAAUAACAGUUACAAUUGUAUUCAUAUUUACAAUACAUAUACUAAAAUUUUUUUCUU